AAAUCAAGCUACAUUUGUACAGAGGAUUGGAGUUUCUUCCGCGGUGAUCGAGUUGAAGUGCUUGUUGGCAAAGAUAAAGGGAAGCAGGGCAUUGUCAAUCAGGUUAUCGCCGAACGCAAUUGGAUAGUCGAUGGUUUAAAUUGGCAUUACCGUACGGUAGGGGGUGAAAAGGGGUUUCCUGGCGUUUUAAUCAAAUCAGAGGCGCCUUUGGAUGUCACAAAAGAUGUGCGUUUAGUAGAUCCAUCUGACUUGCAAGGAACAGAUUUUGGAUGGCGGUACACCGAGGAGGGUGAAAAAGUUCGAGUAUCCGCACGCACAGGCCGUAUUAUACCCAUCCCCGAGACAAAUAAUCAAACAUAUGAUUAUAAAACUCCUAACGCUUAUAUUGAGCGUGAAAAGGAUACUCCCGGCAACGUUGUGGGAGAGAUUACUUUCCAACCAAAAUUAGCAACAUUUGAAAUGGAUAUUAUGGAUGAAAUGGGCAUUGUUGAAGAACGUACGCCCAAAAAAACUUAUUGGUAUUAAGUUUAACAAUUAUUUCAUUUAUUGGUUACUUAAAAUGUUAUCAAAUAUAAACUAUUUAAUUAUUUUUAAAGAAAAGUGUCAAUACACUUUAUAAUUAACUACAUAUUUAAAA